UUCUCUCUUUGUAUCGAUCAAGUCUUCUCUUUCUCUCUCUCUCUCUAUCUCUCUCUCUGGUUCAACGGGCAAAGUAUUUUUCGAAUAAAGUUUUGGUUUUUUUAACGUUCCUUUCUCACCUCCGUCUUCUUCUGGUGGUGAAUUCGUGUAUCUGUAUAUCUCGAUGAGCUGUAGUUUGAAUCCAGCGGCUACUUCUCCAGAUGAGAUGGAUCUUCAGGAAGAAACAGGUGAAGUGAAAAUUGAGGAUAAGUGUGUAGAAAAUAAGCAAUCAACACCUGCUUCGUGCUCUUCUCUAUCUGAAGGCAGUGCUGGUAGUUCCCACAAGUCUCCUCCUACUGUUGCUAGUCCUGCCAUUGCAUCACCAGCUCAUAGGUACCUCGGGAGGACGAGCGGUCCUAUAAGGCGGGCGAAAGGCGGGUGGACUCCUGAAGAGGAUGAGACAUUGAGACAGGCAGUUGGCACUUUUAAAGGGAAAAGCUGGAAGAAGAUAGCGGAGUUUUUCAAUGAUAGAACUGAAGUACAGUGCCUGCACCGGUGGCAGAAAGUUCUUAAUCCGGAUCUUGUUAAGGGACCUUGGACACAAGAGGAGGAUGAGAAAAUCGUUGAACUCGUUGAGAGAUACGGGCCUGCGAAAUGGUCUGUUAUUGCACAGUCUUUACCAGGUCGAAUUGGGAAGCAGUGUCGAGAAAGGUGGCACAACCAUUUGAAUCCUGAUAUUAACAAGGAUGCUUGGACCUCAGAGGAAGAAGUAGCUCUCAUAAAUGCUCAUCGAAUCUAUGGAAACAAGUGGGCUGAAAUAGCCAAGGUCUUACCCGGCAGGACUGAUAAUGCAAUAAAGAACCAUUGGAAUAGUUCAUUGAAAAAGAAGUCAGAUUUCUACUUAGUCACUGGUAGGUUACCACCACCACCAAUACCAAAGAACGGUGCUCCUGAUAGUGUAACUAAACGUUCAUCAUCUGCUCAGAAAAGGUGUUCUGAUUCAGUAACUCAACCCCCAUCACGAAAUACAGAUGUAAAGAACCCUGAUGAAAGUGGAAAUGGCCAAUUAAAAUCUUCUGUUCCGCUUGAAGAAAUAGGAGCUGCUUCAAGAAUGAAUGGUGUUAAUGGCCAAUUAAACUCUUCUGUUCCGCUUGAAGAAAUAGGAGCUGCUUCAAGAAUGACUGGUGUUAAUGAGUAUGCUUGUUCUCCUCAGUUUCUUAACCCAGAGCCAUUGCCAGAGAAUGGUGGAGUUGCAAUGAAUGGUUAUCGUCAUCUCUACUACAAGCCUCAAACAGAGUAUUACGUGGCAUCAGAAGUGGAUACGCAGCGUAUGUAUGGGCAUGAUUGUGGUUGCAGUCCCAUCGCAUCACCAGUUAGCUUCUUCACUCCACCGCCGUGUAGAAAUAAGUACAGUAACGGUUCAACACCAAGAAGUCCUGAAUCUUUCCUGAGAGAAGCUGCCAGAACAUACCCAAACACACCUUCCAUUUUCAGGAAAAGACGACCCAGGGUUGUUGUUCCGGAUGACAACAGUGCUGCGAAAACAGAUGAAGCUAAAGAGGUUGAUCAAAAGGUGAACGAUGGUAAAGAUAGUUCAGAGAGUCCUGACAUUGAAGAGAUUCAUAACAAUGGAUCAAGUGCUUACAAUCUAUCUCCUCCGUACCGGAUAAGAUCGAAAAGGACAGCAGUUUUCAAAUCAAGACAGCUUGAGUUUAUAUCUGCAGAGGAAGAGAAGGCUGAUGAUGAAACCAAAUCAGCUGAGAAAGAUAUGUUGAUUGAUUGAGACUCUCUCAACCCCUAGGCUAUAGGCUAAACAGAGAUAUCCUCCUUAUUACACGCUUUGGUUUUUUAUAAAAUUUUUUUAAUAUAUUUUUGGAUUAAUGGUAAAAAGCUGUGAUUAGUUCAAAGAAUAAUUUGCAACUCUUCACAUGAGUUCGGUGUU